CCAGAACCAAGGGAAAUAGGGAUACAUUUUACUUUUGUCUAAUCAGUUACAAUCUUUAAAAAUAUGAUAUAGCGUUAAAAUCUCUUGUCUGAUUAUUGCAGGUAAAAAUGUUACAAUUUUGUAUGAAAACACAGAUACCUUCAACUUCCGUUGUACCUCUGCAUUGAGUCAGGAUAUUCUAUCUAGUCACAACUUACCGGGUAUAAGAAGAAAAACGAACGUUAUGAUUGUAAAGAUAUCAUUCUGUGAACCACCGCAUGACUCGUACUGGAAUGUCUUCGAGCAAUUUAACAUUAGCGGCAUCCAAUCGCUGAUGUUAGACCUGCCCGAAACAGCGUCAUCUUUCACUCGUAACCAUUUCGUAGGCCUGGUCAACAUUACUUCUCUUAAAAUAAUAAAAUCUUCUCCGACCGCGUUGACCUAUUUCUCUGACGGCUGUUUAACACCGCUCACAAAAUUGGAUGUGUUAUAUAUAGAUGGUAAUGUAUCGCUGCCGAUACUUCCUCCGGAGAAUCAAAUCCAAAAAGUAUUUAUUAGACAUGGACAGAGCCGCGGGGAAUUAGGUGAGUGCUCUCACUUGUUGGAGUUGACUGUGAGUGUAUGGACGUGGAGUACGACAUCGAAAACUCCACCACCACGCUGGCUCGCCGGCUGUCACAAGUUACAGUCUCUGGUACUUAUUAACAUAAUGAUGGAUUUAUGGCCACAAGAUGGGGUCAGUACGACCCUCGCCGGUCUGACCGCGCUGCGGACGCUUACAAUCUCCAAUUGUAACCUGAAAAGUAUAUCUCCAGGUUUUCUUGACGACGCAAUCAAUUUGGUCAGCUUGGAUCUCUCUAAGAAUGAGUUGCUAAAAUUACCCAGUGGUGCGUUACUGCCAGUUGCGUCGACUCUACAUACAUUGAUGCUGCAAGACAACCCCAGUCUCUCUGGUUUCUGUAGCAAUGAUGAUGAUUAUGAUAGUGAUGAUGAUGACUAUGAUGAUGCUGCCGACGACACGUCAGGGUUGCUCUCACUGCAUUCUCUACGGGAGCUGUCGCUGGGGCACACCGGCGUUAGGCGCAUCUGCCCGAGCUGGUCGCGCCACCUAACAUCAAUUAUGAAAGGUUUCCGCGAUAUCAAGUGGCUGGGUGCUCGGACCUCCGCGCUCGAGAUGUGGGCCAAUAGAGUAGACAGUAUCAUGUACACCAUGAAUGAUUACUUGGAGGUGACACGUGAUAACUGCACAAAGUUCAACGUGUCAAUUGGGAUCAGCAAGCAGAUCAUAUGUGACUGUCACUCGUACUGGUUCGCGCGGACCCUGGCUGAGUGCCCCGAGCACGUGACGUGGAUGAUAGCGCUGCGUUGUAGCACGGGCGAGCACGUGGCCGACGUGUCACUGAAAUCGAUGCUGUGCUCGCGGCACGCGGACGAGUGCGCGCCCGACUGCGAGUGCUACUGGAGGGAGCGCCGGAACGCCACCAUCGCCAAUUGCUCCAGCGUCGUCGACGGUCGGAUACCACUCAUCCCGCACUUGUACGAGCUGAACGCAUCUUCCAGUAGAAUCGAUGACCUUAGCAAAUUGCCCAGCACAUUGAUUUACGCAGAUCUGCGAUACAACCAGUUGCCCCGCAUGUCUGAGGAGGCCGCCGAGGAAUUGUUCUCGGUGCCGGAAAGAAGACUACGUUUCGCUGGUAACCCAAUAGUCUGCGACUGCGGUAAUAGCCCUUUUAUAGAAGCACUGCAACAGCAUCGAAAUCAGGUGCUGGAUUAUGAUGAGUUGACGUGCAUAGAUGACAGAAUAAUAGACAGCAUAGUGAUCGAAGAGUUGUGCGCGCUGAGUUCGACUCUUAUCUUGGUGUAUGGCCUAACUCCGGUGGUCGUGCUGCUAUUGUUCAUAUUGCUCGUGUUUGGGGUGUUUUCGCGACACCAAGAGACUGUAAAGAUAUACCUUUACGCACGCCGUUGGUGUCUGUGCUGUAUUCGAGAACAUCAUAUCGACCAACAUAAGGAGUAUGACGCAUUCGUGUCAUACUCGCACGCCGACGAGCAGUUCGUCUACGAACAUCUAAUUCCGCAGCUUGAAGGCGAACCACACUGCUUCAGAUUGUGCGUCCACACUAGAGACUGGGUGAUAGGCGAGUGGAUACCCGUACAGAUAGCCCACUCGGUCGACGAGUCUCGUCGAACUAUUAUUCUGCUAUCGCAAAACUUCUUGGAAUCUGUAUGGGGCCGUCUCGAGUUUCGCACCGCACAUAAAAGGGCGAUGAGUGAGGGUCUAUCCCGUGUUAUAGUCGUUUUGCUCGAAGAUGUCGGUGAUCAUCCCAAUUUGGACAAGGAGCUGAAAGCAUAUCUCACCACGAAUACUUACGUUAAGUGGGGAGAUCCUCAUUUCUGGGAGAAGUUGCGAAGUGCACUUCCUCAGCGAAGAAAUGAGCGUGAAGCACGUCGUGCCGGCGAGGAGGUCGCCCUUGAGCUGCUGCGGAUGGAAGAGCGACGCCCUCCAGCUAUAUGUGCUCCUCCUGCUUCGUCUAAUACUUAA